GUACCACGACAACCCGGUAGCCUGGGGAGAUCUACUAGUCACGGCGAACUGCGGAAGAGGCAAGUGGCUGAACACUUCUUGCUGCCUUCGAUCUGAGGCAGCAACCCUGUUUCAGGCGCUAAUCCUAAAGAGGUCCGCUUAGCGAGAUCGCGGACUUCCAUUCUUGGCGCUGGCACACACAAUCCACGUUCAGUAUACCAGCCUUUGUGUUGAUAGAUUUCGAUCCGUCCUCAAUCCACCAGCCCGAAAGAGAUAAUUUACAAUGGCCGCCCAAAGACAGAACGUUUCCAGCGACCUGGUCUGGCAGCUCACCCGCAACCAGAAUGCUUUUCUGGUCAAGCGUAACAGCGGUGGUGGCUCUCAGUUCUCCCGUGAUCCUUUGAACCUGCAGAACAAGCACUCUUUCAAGUACGCCGGAUACGCCAACACCAAGGCUGUUGGUGUGCAGCCCACUGAAAACGGUGGCGUUGUUGUUAUUACCAAGAAGUCCGGCAAUUCCCAGCAGCCCGGAAAGAACGCCGUUCGCGUGACCUUUGGACCCAAGGCUUCCUCUCGCAAGAUCUACAAGGGUGUUGCAGACAAGACCGCAAAGAACGGCUACCGUGCUGACCUCCGUGAGGACGCUGUUGCUCGUGUGAGCGCCAUUCGCCGUUCUCAGAAGCCUAAGAAGGAUACUCCUCCCCAGAAGCCCAGAGGUGCUCAGGCCCGGAAGGCCGUUGAGCAGGAGUCAGCAUAAAUGAUAGGACUCGGAGACGAGUAGUCGCAAGGGUUGGGCGCAUCAAGCAUAGUGGCGCCAUGCUGGUCAAGGGCGGAAGCGUCCAUGUAAUUUAGCAAUACUGCUACGGGGGCAAAUGUGCACCAGGCCAUUCAAAAAGAGAUUUAAAGAACCAAAAGA